AUGGUUGAUGGCGAUUCAAAUCCUAAUUUUUUGAUGGGACAUUGUUUUCACGGAAUUGAUGAUCUUGGUGGUCCCAAUUGGGCUGUUGUUGAUCUUGCUGAAAAUUACUACGUUGAUUAUGUUAAUUUAUAUUCGAGGAAUGAAGAGAGUGCAAGACUGAAUUAUUUUCUGAUAGGGCUCACAUCAGUGAAUUAUUUUCCAGCUGGCUCAAACAUCACCAGAGGCACCUACCCUCUGUGUGGUCAGUACAAAUACAAGGCAGUCUUAAGUGCCAAACACACUCUCAAAUGUAAUGCCAACCUGGCUUCGUAUCGUUACGUUAUCGCUCAACAGCCAGCUUCUGGACCUGGAUCGCUCACCAUCUGUGAAAUGGAAGUCUUCGAUGCCGAUAAACCAAACUCAAAGAUAUGGAAACGUUACCAGAAUACUCGCUUGAACGGCUACGUCUCCAACGUGGAGACAGUGAGUAACAUGUUGAAAUGUUUGAUGAGAUGCGUUCCAGGCAAGUGCGACUCAUUCAACUUCAAGCCAGCUGGAUCAGUUUGUGAGCUGAACAGCCACUUGAACGGUUACAUGCAGACCAAUUUGAACAUCAGUCUGGGCUGGAGUUUCUUGGAAGUUUGCUAUGCAUAA